GAGGGAUAUAAGGAGUUAGAGUCCAAGGUUACUUUAUGAAUGGCAGCAUGGAUUUCCGAAUAUGGAAAGGGUGUUCACUGCUGCUUUGUGGUGUGCGAGUUACUACUCUCUUGGCUUUAUUAUUCUCUCUUUCUCUCUCACACACCACACCUUCUAUUAAUAUUGGUAGGUGUUUGGAAAAGAGGGAAUAAUAAUAAGUGAACAAGAUCCAUAAAGGAGGAAAAAGCAAGGAAAAAAGAAAGAGAGGGAGAGAUCAGAUGGGUCGUGGAAAGAUUGAGAUAAAGCUCAUCGAGAACCCAACCAACAGGCAAGUUACAUACUCAAAGAGAAGGAAUGGUAUCUUCAAGAAAGCUCAUGAACUCAGUGUUCUCUGUGAUGCUAAGGUCUCACUCAUCAUGUUCUCCAAGAACAACAAGAUGCAUGAGUACAUCAGCCCUGGCCUUAGCACAAAGAAGAUCAUUGAUCAGUAUCAGAAAACUUUGGGAGAUAUCGAUCUCUGGCAUUCUCACUAUGAGAAAAUGCUUGAGAAUUUGAAGAAACUCAAAGAUAUUAACAAUAAGCUCAGAAGACAGAUCAGGAAUCGGAUAGGGGAGGGUAGCUUGGAUAUGGAUGAUAUGAGCUUUCAGCAACUGCGUACUCUUGAAGAGGAUAUGGUUUCUGCCAUUGCCAAAAUACGCGAACGAAAGUUCCAUGUGAUCAGAACUCGGACUGAAACCUGUAGGAAAAAGGUGAGAAGCUUGGAGCAGAUGAACGGAAAUCUCCUUCUUGAACUUAAGGAAAAGUGUGUGAUCCAUCCACAAUUUAUAUUACACGAUGAAGGAGAGCAGGAAUCAGCAGUUGCACUGGCCAAUGGAGCCUCCAACCUCUAUGCAUUCUGCCACCACCAUACUCAUCUCAAUCACCACCUUCAUAACCACCAUGCACCACCAGAACCCUUCAAAAACGAUGAUCUCCGCCUCGCUUAAUUAAUGUCCACCUCUCAUCUGUAAAUUAAUUACUAUUGCUUGCUCUUUAAGAUUUUGUAUUGUAUCAAUUAAUGAACCUAUUCACCACCUAAGGUUGCUACCUACCUCCCUCUAUAGUAUUUUGCAAGAGUGUGAUGUGUAAUUAAACGCUAUAUAUGCGUGCCUCUAAUGUAUUAUGUUAUAUUAUUAAUUGCUUUAA